GCUCGACGGUACGACGCCACAAGACCCAGCGAGACACACGGAGAUGGCGGCUGCUACGGCAACCAGAGUCGCUGCUGCGACAGCGGCACUUGUGCUGCUGCUGAGCUGUGCAGCAGCUGCGCAGGAGCUGGUCGAGGACAUGCAGGGUGACCACCACGGUGCCGGAUCGGAGCACUACCUGCGCGCCAUCGACGGCGGCGAUUCGUACGACCACGGCGGCGAGCACUACGAGUCCCUCGGCGGCGACUACGGCGGCGGCCACUCGGCCCACUACAGCAGCGGCGGCGGCAGCGAGGGUCACUACGGCGGCGCCGGUCACUACGAGUCCGGCGGCGACGGCGACGGUGGCCACCACUACAGCGAGCACUACUACUCCAGCGGUGACGACGGCGGUCACUACACAGGCGGAGAAGGCGGCCACUACUGAGCGUCGCUAGCGAUCCGCGACACCUCGCGCCACCUACCGCCAUCUACCGGCGCCACGCAGUACUACUCCACGCCGAGUGUUUCUCUAAAUAACCUCGUGGGGCAGUGGACUUUCCUGUAACUUAUACAGCAGCCAACUUACUAGGAAAGCACUUUUAAAAUAUGGUUCCAACGAGAAUCGACGGCUAUUGUCACAGCAUGCUAGUUGUGAAGCAGUAAAACACUCUAAGCUCUUAGAGACGCUGUUCACCAAGUUAACUAACAAAUUCGGACUUGUUCAGCUGCGGAAAUUUUUAAAGCUAACUACACGCGCUACUACAGAACCAGAAUGUGGGAUUCGAUCUCAGCUUAAGAAAACAACACAAAAUCCACCACAUCUUCCUCUCUAUUCGGACAAUUAAGCUCCAUAUUAAAUUUAUCACAAACAUUCUAUUCUCCUCCUUUUGGAAGUCUAGUUUCAGAAUGGGCUAUUCUCUUCGUGGUCUACGGUCUCGUUCUGAUAUUUAUGUAAGUGAAUUUGCAUAACACCAAAGCUUGGAUCUCUUCCAAAUCCCUCCCAAUGCUGGCAGCUGACAACAUUUUCUCGUUAUUUAUCUUUUGCUCUAGUCCCUGAUUUACACAAACUCAACGAAUUAAUGCGUUUCAUCGAAAAUGUUACACCAGAGUGGCCCCACAAAUCUAGCUUCACUUCUUGCAGUACUGAAGUAACUUUCAAAUUUAGUUGACGU